GUAAUAGGCUCUUUUUACCAGGGCGUAUCCUGUUUAAGGUAAAAUAGGGAAAGUACCAAGGUUUAAAUGAUUCCUACCAAAUUAAACUCCGGUGUUAUUACUAAUUUUGUGCUGCAAUAAAAUGGAUGAGAGUGCCUCACAGUCGAUGACUGAUGUAGAAGUUGGGUGGGACUGUGGGUCACCAACCCCAACAGCAUGGAAAAGAUAUCAGUUGCCAUGCUCUGGUCCCAAGCAUGGAAGAAAAACAACACCAGAUUAUAAAAGCAAACCAGCACAUAAGAAGCCAAAGGUGUUACAUGAUGAAAAUACGAAGAGUUAUGAAAUUGCAAGGAAAUUAAUCAGUGAAUUAUCCAAGUACAAGAAUAACAAUGUUGAGCCAACCAUCAAUAGUUCUAUGGACCUUGUGUUUGAAAUGUCCGGUCAAGGAGAAGACUUGCCAUCCUCUGUUCCUACUACACAGAAUACAAGCCCUCUACUAAAUAUUCCUCAAAUGGAUGAUGCUGCACUUUCUGAUGAUGAUUUAUUUGAUGAGUCGAUGCUUCGACAUGCUGAUGACAUCAUGGAAGCAUAUAAGAACCCGAACAGCCAAACUAAAAACACAACAAGCACCCCUGUACGAGAUGUACCUGUCAAUCAUGUUGAAAGUUCCAAUCAAUCAAAAAUUGUCAAUUAUAAAGCGGGCAUGUCAGCUGUCAAGCAUUUAAAGCCAAACGCAUUACUUCCCUGCAAAUCCAGCUCAACUACUGUCACAGUAGAAAUAAAACAAACCGAGAAUUUGCAGAAUAGGCAUAUAUCACCUGUGCAAGAUAUUACUAACAGUGCAGCCACUUGCAUGAAUUUAUUUAUGUCCAAUUCAUCACAAAAGACAAAAAAACCACCAUCGAAGUUUAAAAAGAUGUCCCAGAAAAAAACAAAAUUUCAACAAGAUACCAAAGUAGUUUCCGAUGUCAGUAUUCCAGAAGAUGUGUUGGCUUUGCUUGAUAUGGAUGAUAGUUGGGUGGAAGAAACCAAACCUUCUGUUCCCAUGAACAAAGAAGACAGGUUAAAUUCCAACCUAGAAAAACAACCUCAAAGCAAUCAGACCUCUCAGUCAAAAAUCAAUCCAACAGCUUCCAUCUGUAAGAACAAUGGUAACAAUACUAAAGCUCCAUUUAACCCAUUUCAAAACAAAGUGUCUGAAAAGAACAGUGCAGGUACAUUUAAUCCAUUUCAAUGCAAAGAAAACACAAAAAGUAAUGCCACUGUCAACAAAACAGUCAAUUCAUCACAAAAUGAUACCAAAGGUUCUGGGAGGAAAGGUGGUCAAAAAAACGAGACGUUUAACCCUUUUCUAACCAAAGUACCUGCAAAAAUGAGUAGUCCUGCCAACAAUACAUUCAAUCCAUCGCACAAUGGUAACAAAGUUUCCGCAAGUAAAAGUAGACGAGCAGUUAAUACAUUUAACCCUUUUCAAACUAAAGUUCCUUCAAAAUCUAUCAGUCCACUAAAUGGUAACAAAGUAUCUUUAAACAACAAUAGUGCAACCACACCAAUGUUUGUUCCAAAUCUAAAGCCAAAAACUGUUGCUGCCAAAAAGACCACUACAAUAUCGGACCCAAAAACGGAGUGGGUUCAGAAAAUAAAAAACAUUCAUAACAACAUGCGUGAAAAUGAUACAAGAAAACCAGCAAUGAAAGAAAAUAAGAAACAGCAACCUCAAACCUCAAACUUUAAAGCAUGGCAAAGCAUUCAAGAUACUAAAACCAAUGGUAGGGUUGCUCCUCAAAAAACAUCAAUAAUUAGAAGUGAACAGUCAAGUAUGGCUAAAAAGUGGGAUCCAGUUGUAAAAACAAACAACCACGAAACAAACAUGAACUCUGAUGAUGAUGAACUAUUAUUGCAAGCAGUUAUGUUAACUGAGGCAGAAAUGGAGAAGGUCAAGGGUGAAACAAAAAUGGGGCCUAUCAAGCCAAAAAUGGUUCAACCAAUUCUUUCUGGUAAAUUUGUAUCACCACCUAGUGCGAAUUCAUCACAGGGCCGAUGUACAGCGUCUGAAAUCGAACGAAAAAAACGACUUGCAAUGCAACGAAGACUAAUACGGCAGCAGCAACGAAAACGUUGACGUGCUUUUUCUCACGGUGUUUAUAAAUAAUCACAUUUUGUGUCUGAAUUUUUUGUUCACUCUACUUUUAAUAUUUCCUUCAUUAUGAAAUGAGAACACCGAUUUGAUUGUGAUAUCGUGCAGGAUAAAACACGGUACUAGCGUAACCAUUUA